GUUUAAUGAGGCGGUUUACUCUAUCCAUUUGCCUAUCUCUUCUCUUACUUUCACUCAUCACAAAUAAUCAUAGGUCAAUGUAUACACCUGUAACAACAGUCUCUAUCACCAUCUUUGUGCACAUAUGAACAGAAAAAAAACAUGAAAAUAAUAUUGUGGCUUUACUUCUGCUUAGCAAAACAUUUUUUUUAAACAUUGUAUGUACAUAUGAUGAUGAGAAUUAUAACGAAAUAUUGCAUUCGUAAUUGAUUAACGUAUUCUGUAUAAAUUCAUAGAUUGCAAUGAACAGGUGAAUACUGUACUUCUGUGUACACACAAUCAUUAUAAAAAAUAAACGGGAAACACUAACCUUCUACACACAAACUUAUCUUCCAUACACAGAACACACACAUGCACAUUCAAAAGACCUGGCACCAAAUGUACUGCACACGUAUACAUCACUGUAUGCAGAUGUUUAUACUAGCAUUAACCAACCAACAUCAAUAAGAAUAAUCAUUAUUAUUAUUAUUAAUCAUAAUAUAAGAGUGAUUAUAUCAUUAUUCAAUCAACCAACCAAACAAUGGAUAAUUUUAGAACUGAUUCAUUCAAACAAAGCGUAAUAGUACACAAUCAAUGUUCAAUGUCCAAUAAAAUUCUUGACUAACUAUCAAACAUUAUGUUAAAUUAUUUUAAUGAAAGAAAACUAUGUUGUACACAGUUGAGUAAUGAAUGAAUGAGUCAGUGAGUCAGUUUAAAAAAAAAAUUAUUGAUGAAAAUUCAACUGAUGGAUAUGCAUUUUUAAAACAUUUGGAUAUUUACUCAUAUUACUGAUACAUUAAUCUGAUGAAGUUGCGGUGUUACUAAUCAUUAUAAAAGAAGUGACUUCAGUUAACCCUAGAAAAAGAUAUACAUAUAUACACCUUUCAACAAGUAUCCUGUGUAUGUAACCUAUUCUGCUGUUAAAUUAAAAUGGAUUUUGUAAUUUUGAAAGUGAAUGGUCAAGAUCUUCGAAAUGCAACCCAUGAACAAGCGAUUGAAGCCUUUCAAAAUGCAAAAGAACCAAUUAUUGUAGAGGUGGCUCGUCGUGAUCCAAAUGUUGAUUCAGUACAGAAAUCAAUAGUGAAUUCGAAUUCGAAUCAUCUGAACAAUGUCAGUAACCAAAGCAAGUGUUCAGUUGCUGUUCAAACUGAUCCAAGUACAGCUGAAGCCACGUUGGCUGCAAUGGCUGCUGCGGCUUUUACAACUGAAGAUAUACGCACUGCACUGGGCAUGAGGCAUCCGGGUUUAACAAGUUUGGAAUGUAUUUACCAUCCAGAAUUUCCUGAUCUUGUGGAUAUAGUUGAGGAAGAUGAUGAUGAUGAUGAUGAUGACGACGACGAGGAUGAUAUAAUUGAUGAGCAUCUUGAUGAAGAUCUCGAAGUCUUACAAAAACUGGAUCCCAACAACAAUAAUAAUCCUAUGAAAGAAGAUAUUAUCUCCUCGUCCAGUGUUAACUGCGAUUCAAGAUCAAAUAACUGUCCAUGUUUUUCAAAUGAUAAUCCAGAAUAUGAUACAAUAUCUGAUGUGACAAAUAUGAAUACUAAAUUACAAAGAAGACCAGAUGGAAGCAGAUGGAAUUCAUUUGGAAGCCAGUCUAAAAAUGUGACAAUCAAAGAAGUCACUUUAAGUCGUAAAAUAUCAGAAGAAAAGUUUGGUUUAACUUUGUGCUACCGUCAAGGUGAUGCUUGCAGUUCAAGCUGUGAUGUUUAUGUGGGUGAUUUGGAAUUCGAUAGUUUAGCAGCCCAAAGUGGACAAAUUUUUAGUGGUGAUCAGAUUCUGGAAAUCAAUGGUCAAACAAUCAAGUCAAGAGAACACGUUAUUGAUUUAUUUCAACAAAGCAAAUCAAAAGUUGUGUUAUUAAUUGCCAGAGAGAAAACUGUAGGUUGCAUCGUGCCAGAAGUAUCUGAUACUAAAAUGGGAGCAGCAGAUGCAGUAUCCUCAACAUCACCAAUACAAAUGGAUAUGAAGCAUAGGAAAGACAAUGAAUCUGUUUGUCUACUGCAAAAUUUAUCAACUCAAGAUUCUCAGACAUGUUCAUCUCUUUCAGUUAAGGAAUUAUCAAGUAAUGAAUUUUGUGCAUCAAAUGAUUUUACCAAUUCCAUGAAUAAAGACUGUUCUAAUUUCGGGGUAUAUAAACGUCCAGAUCAAGAUUCUGGUAUGGGCAGAACAACUGAUGAAAGCGUACGCACAGAAGAAAGCUCAGAACAGGAGAUUGAAAAUGAUAGCCAACAGCAGCAACAACAAAGACGCCAGCAGCGACAACAUCAGCAAGACAAUCUUAUAUCUGAAUUAACACAAAUGACCAAAUCUACAUGCUCACAGUUGAAAUUCUGUGAUAGUGAUAAGCUAAAUCCAAUUCUAUGUGAUAAUUCGCUAUCACAGACAACAAUGACAACUACACCAUUGGAUAAAUCAGUCAUCAAUCCAUCUGAUGUAUUCGCUGACUACUCAGAUCCCAUUGAUCCAAUCGAUCAAGAACUUGUACAACUUGGACGUUUAAUGCAAUCACUUGCAGUACAUUGUAGACAAUUAGUACAAGCUAAACUGCAUUUUAAUAGGAUAGAUAAUUGUAUGCAAUAUCCUUUCCCCAUGCCUCAUUAUUCAGAUGAACUGCAUCCAGGUGAAUGUGAAGAAAAUAACUCUAUCCAGCACCAGUCAAUCCCACAAACGACAGUGUCACCAAUGUCAGCAUCAGUGGCGACAGUCACAACAGCAGCAGCAAUCACUCCACCAGUACAAGCAAGAACGUCCAACCAACAGACUGAAAAUUGUUGUCAUUCUAAUGUGAGUGAUAUGUACAGCAAAAAAGGUUUAAUCAGUAAAUCAAACGAAGGAAUCUCGAAUGGAUCCCCUUUAGUUUAUACAAAAGAUAAUAAUAAUAACAACAAUAAUACCAGUAACCCAUCAACUAGACUGCCGAGAAUGGGAACAAGAAUGGAACCGUCUGUAAUGGGUUCUGUAAGCUCUAACGAUUCUGGAGGAUUAUUUAAUGACAAGAAGUUGAACAAUGUACCCUCAACUACAAUAUCGCAACUACAAAUGACAACGACAACAACUACGAUAAGCGGAAAAUUCUCUCAUAGUCAGUUUCCAGCAAAUGUUAGAGAAGAACGUGCUCUUUCCUCGGAACGUCACAAUUCACCAAGACAACCAACAAGUUAUACCAAAGACUCUAGUCAAUCAAUUGAACAGGAUAUAACUUAUCCAGAUAAUUUAGAACAGAAUAUGCUGAAUGGUAGCGGUGACACUAGUGCAUAUUGUACUAGUGAAAGUAGAAGAAGCCAAAAUAAUUCAGUGAUCAGUAAUACACACAAUAACAGUAGUAGUAAUGUUAAUGCCAAUAUUACCACCACUAAUAACAGUAAUGAUAAGAGAACACGUAAUGGAAGCCUUGUUGAUCAUCGUUAUGGCAAUAACAGUAAGGAUAAUAACCACAAUAGUAAAACUAUUCCUAAUACACCAUUCCCUGUGAUAACAACAUUAUGCAACAAUUAUCCUGCAAGGACAAUAAAUAGCCUACAUUACAGCGGUGGUGGUGGCGAUAUUAGUGGUGGUGGUGGGAUUGCUGCAUCACUAUCUGAUCUAGGUGGCUCCCUACUUUCAUUGUCUGCAGUCAUUUCAGAUCCCCAUAACCAUCACCAUCAUCACCAUAAUUCCAGUGAACCUAAAGUCAAUGUGAAUCACACUAUGACACAUGAUUCAUUUAGUCCAUCAUCUAAUUGGUCAAUUGACGGUAAUUCACAGUAUAACAAUCAAUAUAUUCAACCAGAUCCAAUGAUCAAUUAUGCAGAAGCUUAUUAUACACCAAUACGCCAACUGGACUCACCACCAUCAAGAUCAUCAUCUUCUUUGAUAUCAGGUAGAAAUACUAAAUCAUCGAAUGAACAACUACCAAAUACACAAGAUAACUAUAAUCAAUCCUCACCAUCUAAUCAUACUUCAAGUCCAUUUCAUGAGAAGAAAACUAUAAAUUAUGCAAAGGAAAUUUUAUUGAAAGGAAACACAAAACUACAAAACUCUAAUUUUAAUCUUAUCCCACCUUAUCAACAGCAACUGCAGUAUCAAAACCAGCAACAACCUCGACAUCAUCAACAAUUACAUAAUCCCAGCGUUACUUUUGAACAGAAUUCACAGAAACUUCUGAAAGAUGGUAUGUUGUCAGCCUCGAUAUCAUCCACAUCACCUCAUUUUAGUUAUAAUCCAGUACCGCCAUCUAUAGACAAGAGAAUCAAUUAUUUACAGCAUUCAUAUGAAUUUUAUGAUCGAUUUUGUUUCCCUCAAAUGACUGCAACAGCAAAAAAUAGAAGAAUACAAACUGUUACACAACAACAUGAAAAAACAUUAUGGAAUCAACAACUAUGUAAGCCAUUUUCACACUUAAAUGAACCCAAGAAUUUCGAAGAAACAAAUCAAACUACUGGAGAAACCAAUCUCUCAGAUAUCUAUGAAACACCCUAUGCUUCUGUGACAUUACACGAUGAACCAAUAAAUGAACAAUAUACAGUUGACAAUAGUCUAUCAACUAAUCCAACAACUUCAAUGACUGGACUAUCAAUACCAUCUAUGAAUAGGACAGGUGGAGAGUUCAACAAUCUACAGUCAAAAACUAAUAGUUGGUCAUCAGCUAGAAAUAAUUCAUCGGUUUUACCCAAUCCACAGUAUCCUCCAUCGGUUAUGAAUCUCAUUGACAUACCCAACUCCCAAAUGACACAAUUCAGUCAAUCGAAACCAAUUGAUCCGUACUUAUAUUCUAUUGGCUAUUUGGAUUAUAUCACAAAUAAUCCUCUAAUCUAUCCUCGUCCAGUGUACACUUCAGCAAUGUGUCAUUCUAAACAAUAUCAGAAUACUACACCACCUUCGUCAAGUCUACCUCCUUCUGGACAAAUUUAUCCAAUGGAAAACUGGAAUAUGAUGGAAUGGGUGGUUAAAAAGCGUCCAGAUGGUACACGUUAUAUAACUCGUCGACCAAUAAGAAGUCGAAUACUCAAGGAACGAGCAAAACGUGUAGCUGAAGAACGUUCUGGUAUCACUACAGAUGAUGAUGCAAUGAGUGAAUUAAAAACUGGUCGUUAUUGGAAUCGUUCAGAGCGUAAAAAACAAUUAGAAAAAGCUAAAGCUGAUAGAAAACGUAAACAAAUGUCAACAUUACUACGUCAAUCUUCACAAGAUCGUGGUACAGAUAUGAAAUCUUCACAUAAAAAUUCACCUAUACUAAAUACAAAUGUUAACAAUAAUAGUACAACGAAAUUAGUUACUAUGACAACUGUGUAAAAACAGUGGUUACAUUUGUAUAUUUUACACUUUAGAAUUUAACUAAGUGUUUUUUUUUGGAAACAAUACUUUCGUAUGAAAGUUAAGCUAUUUCUGGUUAACUUGUGAUCAGUAACAGAUUCAUGUAUAUUUGAGUACACAAAACGCAUAUACAAAUAACACAAGAUAUGCAGAUCAUAGACUGUACUUGCCACCAAUGAAUGGUACCUGGUUUACGAGUAUAUACGUAUAAACAGAUGAUUAUAACUUACAGAUAGAUUAAGGAAACAUAAACAUCUGAUACCUUAUUCAUUAUAAUUCAUUGUAUAUACAUAAUCUAUCUACUCUAUGCAGAUAUACCCUAAUGGAUAGAUGUUAUAAAGAAAGUUAAAUUCUUAAGAAUUUCAGUCCCUUCUUUACCUAUCUAUUCAUCAUUAUACAAGUAUAUAUUCAUUUGAUCAAUAUGUAACGUAAAAAUAACCAUUGAUUGUUUUAAAUUAACUCUGUCAGUAAAAAAUUAUGCAUUUAACUUUGACUGAGUUGAUCACAGUAUACAUAUUUAUAAUAAACAAUAAAA